AUGAACAAGCAUUCUGGUCUUUCUGAUCUUCUGAAAGCACUACCAAAUAUCAUUUCUCAAAAUGCAAAGUUUAUGGCCAUCACAACCUCCGUUUUCCUAAUCCACUACUCCAUUCCCUUCAUCUUACCCACUUCUAAUGCAAAAUUCAUGGAUUUGAGCUUCAAACUUUUCACUUUAGUCUCUGCCCAUCCCCAUACUACCGAGUACAACGAACUCUUGAUUGCUAUCCGAGAAGAUAUCAACAUCUUUCUAAGAAUCGAAACUUUUAAUUCCGUUUUCUACUUUUUUGCUGCCCAAAUCACCAUAAUUGUUAUUGCAUCAAGCUACUAUAGGGGUAGUAACUUGUCUCUCAAAGAAUUUAUGAUCAAGGUAUCAAGAAAAUGGACUAGACUCUUUUUCACUUCGUUCUAUGUAAAACUUCUUCCCCUGGGUUACACGUGUUUCUUCUUCUUGCCACGUUUGAUUCCAUCACUUGUACUUCUUGACCAUCCUGUCUUUCUGAUCACCAUCCUCCUUUUCCUUGCUUAUUUUUUCAUUAAAUUGAAUCUUUAUCUAUCUGUUGUUUGGAGUCUGUCUGUAGUUGUUUCUGCGUUUAAGGAUACUGAUGAGCUUUCAGCAGUAGGGAAUGCUAGAGAAGUUGUGAGCGCAAGAGGGUAG